AUACGGCUGCCAGACUCAUUCACCUUUCCAACCACUCCAUCUCCUCCACCCCCCUCUGCCAAUCCCUCCUCUGGCCUCCACUCAGUGUCCUCCACCCCUCUCUGCCAAUCCCUCCACUGGCCUCCACUCAGUGUCCUCCACCCCCCUCUGCCAAUCCCUCCUCUGGCCUCCACUCAGUGUCCUCCACCCCCCUCUGCCAAUCCCUCCUCUGGCCUCCACUCAGUGUCCUCCACCCCUCUCUGCCAAUCCCUCCACUGGCCUCCACUCAUGUCCUCCACCCCUCUCUGCCAAUCCCUCCACUGGCCUCCACUCAGUGUCCUCCACCCCUCUCUGCCAAUCCCUCCACUGGCCUCCACU